AGAAAAUAAAUAAAAUAAGAAAUGAGAUGAAGAGACAACCCAGUAUUAAUGAGCUGGUGUUUUCUAGAAAUCUCUCUAAAAUAUCUCAUUCAUCAUUAACAGCUUCUGGAGAAGAACAAAAGACUGGUAGCAAUUAAGUUUUCUUCUCUAAAUCAUAAACCUUUUGGUAUUCUUCAUCCCCAUCCCCGAUCUAUCUCUGCUUCUGUGAUUCCUUCAUCAACUGUUUUGUGAGCAAGGUAAGCAUUUCCUACCAUUUUUAAGCCUUUUGAUGCCAGAUCGUGCUCUUUCUCAUUUGCUUUUCGUCUUAUAUAAUGAAACUUGCUCUCAGAAAAUCUUACUCAGUUUUUGAAUGUCUUGAAUGUAUGCACCUAUUAUCGAUUUAUCCCUGCUUUUGUUUUGGGCUUUUUUUAUCACUGUCAAGGAGUCCCCUUCAAUAUCGACAAAUUUUAAUCCCAAAUCCCUGCCUAGUAUAACCGUCUGUAAACAUGCAACGGCUUUGGCUACAAACCCUAAAGAAACCCUUCUCCAGAGGCCUCCAUUUUGCAACUAUUGGACUAAAGACCAGAUAACCCAGAUGGUGCAAAUAAAAGUUUGGCAGAUAUCAGUAUUACUGUUUAAUACAAUCCAGGUAAACCAUUCCAUGAAUUCCAUAGUAGAUGUAUCCUCAGGCCAGACAAAUUUUAAGUUAUCCCAUGUUUCCUUUAAGACAACACAUUCGCGGAAGACGUGUUCUCUAUUCUCCACUCCUUGCAGACACCUCGGGCAGACGGAUUCAUUAAUAAUUAACCUUUUAGUUCUUAGAUUUGCUAAUGUAGGAAGGUAGUUUAGAGUGGCUCUCCAAGCUAUAAUUAUUAAUUUUGAGGGGAGAUCACUAUUCCACUAUUUUUUUGUAGCAUUUCCUAUUUUCAUUCGGGUUGUUUCUAUUGUUAUUGAUAGAAUUACCAUGUAAUAAUAAUUUAUACCCACUCCUUACAUGUACUCGCCUGUUGAUUCACCUCUCCAAGCCAGAAAAAUCAUCCUGUGGAGAGUAAGCUAUCGGGAUUUGGAGAAUUCUCUAAGCAUCUUCUUCAGAAAAGGUAUCUUUAAUUAGCUUUGUUUUUCAUGAUCUAGUGUUGCCAUCAAUCAGGUCUGCUACCUUCAAUAUAUUUUGGCUUCUGACUAA